AUGGAUGUGGGGAAACAACAGGUUCUUAUGGAUCUGUAUAAUCCACCACUUCACAUGAGAAAUGUCAGCUUAGAUGAUGAAGAUGAUGGUUCAAUAUUUGAAACACCACUGCCAAUGCAAAUUGAAGGUGGUUUAUUUGGAAUGAAAUUCGCAAGUAAAGAGGAGUGUAUGUUUGCUAUUGCUCAGUACCACAUCAAACACUCUCUUGAUUAUGAUGUUUAUAAGUCUGAUUCUAAAAGAUAUAUAGUCAAGUGUAAGAAUGACGAUUGCACGUUCAGAUGUAGAGGUUCUUUGGGGAAAAAAAGUGGUACGUGGAUGAUCACAAAGGUAAGUGGACAACACACAUGCACUUCGGUUGCAAUUACUCAGGACCAUCGGAAACUAAACUCAAACAUCAUCAGUGAUAGCAUCAAACGUCUCAUACAAGAGGAUGCCUCGUUGAAGGUUAAACACAUUAUUGCUCAUAUUUGUGAGAAAUUCAACUACACGAUUUCUUACAAAAAAGCAUGGAUUGCGAAGAACAAGGCAAUAGCAUCUACCUAUGGUAAUUGGGAGACUUCCUACAACGACCUUCCGCAGUGGUUAUUGGUCAUGAAGCAUUAUUUUCCAGGUGUCGCAAUCGAUCUAGAGACCCUACCGGCAUUAUCAGAUGAUGGGACACAAAUUGAUGGUUGUAGAAUUUUCCAUCGUCUAUUUUGGGCCUUCCAGCCAUGUAUCAAGGGUUUCGCUUACUGCAAACCCGUUGUUCAAGUUGAUGGGACAUGGUUGUACGGAAAAUUCAAGGGAACCCUGUUACUAGCUGUUGCACAAGAUGGAAACACGAACAUCUUUCCAAUAGCUUUUGCAUUGACAUGUGUCCAUUAA